CCCAAAAUUGGAGCUUGAGUUAGCUAUUGUGUAACUCGUUUCACGACUGUGCUGCUAAAACCCUUGGCCAAACGCGAAGCUCAACGUCUGCUCUGAUCUGAUUCGCCGUCGACGAGCUGUUUCACCGGACUUCUCGCAUCUAUAUCUUCCAGAGAGAGUGAAGGAAGUAAAGGAUGAGUGGUUUUAGAGCAUUCAAAGCUAAAGUGCCCAUUGAAUGGAGCCAGAGCUUGUACAUAACCUUAGUGAGAGGUCUCCCUGGAACCAGGAAGCUUCACAGGCGUACACUCGAGGCUAUGGGACUCCGGAGAUGCCACCGCACUGUUUUGCACUCCAACACUUCUUCCAUUAGAGGAAUGAUUCAACAGGUUAAAAGGAUGGUUGUUGUUGAAACAGAGGAGAUGUACAAAGCUCGCAAAGAAGCUGAAGCUAACCACAAAGCUCUCCGUCCGCCGCUUGUUGUCAGUCAUUCGAUCCCUGCAACAGGCUCAUCCAGCAUGUCUUGAGUAUUUCAAGAAGAUGGUAAACCUCUUCAACCAUCACCUCGUUUAUGAUGAUGCAUUUGUAAUUGCCUUACUUUAAGAUUUUGGCAAAGUUGUGAGGAAGUCAUAAGUAAACUAGACGCAAUAAUAAAUUGUUGGUGUCGGUGAAUUUGGUGCCUCUUGUGUUUCUGUGAUCCUUGUCUAUGUUUGCUCUCGUUUUUUGUCAAAUCUCAAAUCCAUUGGUUUGUUUGCUUUGUGUGUU